GAUUUAUGAGGUCUGGUACUAAUAAAGCAGGUCCUCAAAAGAACCCAGUAUUAGGCCCUAGAGGCCAGAGAUUAGGAGUGAGAUGGCGAGUAAUUAUGGCACCAAGAUGGCAAGGUUGUCUGCUAGGAUAUUUGGAGAAGUGGCAAGACCAGUGAAUCCUAAGUCACACAAGGUUGUUAAAUUGCUGGCAGCUGAACCAUUGGACCAGGUACAGAAAGUAGGAAACCGAUACCCAGAACAUUGGAAUCUAGGACAAUUAACUAGCAAGGUUAGAUGGCUAGGACUUUACAGGGAUGAGCACCAGGACUUCAAGGAGGAGAUGAAAAGACUGAGAGCUCUCAGGGGCAAAGUUCCUCCAAAGAAAGGAGAAGGAAAGAGGGCUAUGAAGGGCAAGAAAUGAUAAAUGGAGAUUAAGAAGCACCCUAAUAUUUAUUAGCAUACAGUGUCACGUGGAUUAUGUACAUCAUACAUGGACAGAUACAUGUACUUUGGGAAUGUGAUCCACAGAAUUUUAACCAUUGGGCAAACAUUCUAUCUAGUACUCAGUGUAUACCAAAUAUUUAAAAAAACUAUCAUGAAACUUUCAUCGAAUAAAUCUUCAAUGGCUCACUUGUGAGGUAAAAAACUACAACUCAGAAUAAUAUAACUUGACAUUAUGUUUAAUUUUUUUGUUUGUUGUUUUAUUUGACUACAUUCAUAUGUACAGUUUUUAAAAUAUAUUACACUGAAUUAAAAUAUACAUUUGUACAGAAUUUAA